UAGCCUUUUAAAUCUCCUACCAUGGGGGAAGAAGGCGGCGGCCGCAGCUGUGGGACCACUAAGGAGCUGCAGAAGCUGAAGCAGCAGGCGAUGGAGUACUACCGGGAGAACGACGUUCCGCGCAGGCUGGAAGAGCUGCUCAACUCAACCUUCUACCUACAGCCUGCCGACGUCUACGGGCACCUGGCAAACUGCUUUUCUAAACUUGCAAAGCCUCCCACCAUAUGCAAAAUUGUGGGGAAAGACGUACUGGAUGGACUGGGGCUUCCAACCCUGCAAGUAGAAAUAUUCUGCACCAUUCAAAACUUUCCCAAGAGCAUAUGUUCUGUGGUGAUCUCAACUCACUUUGAAGUCCAUGAGAACACUCUGCCCGAGCUGGCCGAGGUGGAGGAGGCAGAGAGGGCCAGUGCGGUCAGCACAGCUGUGCAGUGGGUCAACGGCAGCAUCACGCACGAGCUCCAGGGCAUCACACCCUUUGACCAGGCAGAGGUGGAUCACCUACUCAGGAAAUUCUUUGUAGGUAAAGUACAAGAAGAUAAGGAGAGAAAAGAAUUGGAAAAGAGCCUGGAAUACUCAACAGUGCUUAUACCUCUACCUCCAGUACCACCGCCACCACCUCCUCCACCUCCUACCAAGAAAAAGGGGCAAAAGCCAGGGAGGAAGGAUACUGCUACAGAAAAACCUAUUACACCUGCAGAACCUGUUGAACCUGUACUCAGUGGCAGUAUGGCCAUAGGCGCCGUGUCACUAGCUGUUGCCAAAACCUGUGGCAUGCUGCUUAAUAAUCCUCUGUACUUAAAUAUUGCUCUAUUGAAGCACAAUCAGGAACGGCCAACAAUGCUAUCUAUGCCUUUGCUGAUGGUUUCACUGGUUAGCUGUGGGAAGUCAUCAUCUGGGAAGCUAAAUUUAAUGAAAGAAGUGAUCUGUAUACCCCAUCCUGAAUUAACAGCCAAACAGGGUGUUGAGAUGCUUAUGGAAAUUCAGAAACAUAUCAACAAAAUAAUUGAAAUGCCCUCUCCUCCGAAAGCAGAGACCAAAAAAGGGCAUGAUGGAAACAAAAGAGGUCAACAGCAGAUUACUGGCAAGAUGUCCCAUCUUGGCUGUUUAACCAUUAGCUGCGACACCAUAGAACAGCCACUGGUUCUAAUACAGGGAAUCUGUGCAAACCUGGGGCUAGAACUGGGAACAAACCUGCAUCUAGCUAUCAACUGUGCUGGCCAUGAGCUGAUGGACUAUAGUAAAGGAAAGUAUGAAGUGAUGAUGGGCACAUACAAAAAUGCAGUGGAGAUGGUUGACCUAUAUGUGGAUCUGAUCGACAAGUACCCUUCAAUUAUUGCCUUAAUUGAUCCUUUCAGGAAGGAGGACGUUGAACAGUGGGACAGCAUCUAUCACGCACUUGGUUCCAGGUGUUACAUAAUUGCAGGAACCGCAUCCAAAAGCAUCUCUAAACUUCUAGAGCAAGCAAACAUCAGCAUCCCCAAAUCCAAUGGACUGAUCAUAACACACACAAACCAAACUACGAUGUCUGACUUGGUGGAAAUAACCAAUCUGAUUGACAAUAAGCAGCACAUCGCUGUCUUUGGAAGCACAGAAGGAGAAUCAUCUGAUGACAGCCUUGUUGAUUUGGCUGUUGGGCUUGGUGUCCGGUUUAUCAAGUUGGGGGGUCUUUCCCGUGGUGAACGGGUGACUAAAUACAACCGCCUUCUCACUAUAGAGGAAGAACUUGUCCAGAAUGGAACACUGGGUUUCAAUGAAGAACACACUUUUUUCUACUUUAAUGAGGAACUUGAGGCUGCUGCGGCUGGGGAGCUGCUGGAGCCCCUGGAGCCCACCUUUCUUACACAAGGUGUCGAGGAAUCAGCCAAAACAAGAGCAUCCUCUGGAUAGGGCUGUACACACCCCAGGUUCCAGCCACACCAUCAGCAUUCGCAGACUGGGAGGUCUAAGUACAGCACCGUGUUUCCGCAUCGAGUUUCCUCUUAAACUUCACCAACUCCUGUGGUUUUGAUUCUUUUAAUUCCACUGCUUAGUAAAAUACAUAUAUGGUGGUUUUGCCUGAGAUUAUAUCUGUGAACUUUGUUUGACAGCCAUCGCAUUUCCGUAGAUUUUUGUCUAUUAGCUCUCCUGUCCAUUUUUCAGGGGCACGCUCCGGUAAAAGAGGCCAAUAUUUUUGUUGCCAACUCCACACUCAGUCAAACAUCUCAUCCUUUACCAAUCAGAACAUUUCGGAGAACAAAAACCUAAUGACCCUAGAAGCUCUCUGUGCUGGGAACAGAUGUCCAUCUUCUGUGUUUAUUCUACAUAUCUGUGCUGAAAAGCAUCGACACAUUUUUAUAGCCAGCCUCAUGUAGAAGUUAAGUGUGAGAGCAUCACUCUUUUUUGUAACAGCCAAAUAGUUUUAUCUCUUUCCUACCCUUAAUUCCCUUUUCCCUAAUUCCUUCUUUUUACAUUUUAGUUUUUCUUGUAUUAUUUUUACCUUUGUGGGUCUUCUUAGAUCCUUUUUGGAAUGAGUAUAAAUGAAUAAGCACAUCAGCAAAUGAAUAAAUAUUCUCAAGAUUAUUAAAUGCCCAGUUAUUUAUUCUACAGCAUUUAAAAAGCAAUUCGCAAGUGAUAUUAAAAAAAAAUGGUAUGACAUA